CGCAAUCUUUCCUCUGAAGAUAUAUAUAUAUAUAUAUAGAGAGAGAGAGAGAGAGAAAAGUGGGAAAGAUCAAAUAUCAUCCAAUCUUGAAGACCUAAAAAGAGAGAGAAAGACUGGUAAAAUGGCUGUAAGCUCAACGGUUUUGUCGUGCCCGAAGAUGUUCGGAAGACGCCGGUCGGUGGCGGUGGAGAUGAGAACAAUACGGUGGGGAGUUAAGUGCCAGUUGUCACCCGUAAAACCCUCCAAAUAUUCAUCUAAAAUAACUACCGAUGUUCAACUGCACGAGUCUCCUCUGGCGUUGUUCGAUGAGUAUUUGGAGGAUAAGUCGAGGGUUUUCAAAGCAAUGUUUCCUGAUAAACCCAAAAGCUAUAGGCUUAACGAGGAAGAAUGGAGAAUCCAAAUGUUACCAAUAAAAUUUCUCUUCCUCACUGCGUGGCCAGUGGUGGUCAUGCGGAUCCGAUGCAAAUCCAACGGUCAGGAUUACCCGCCUGAUGUACCUCUAGACAUAACCAAAGUCCUUGAGCUUAACAUGAUGAAAUGGGAGCUUCAAGGGCUUGACCGGGUCAUGGAGCCGUCUGAUUUCACUCUUGGAGUUCAAGGAGCAUUGUACCCAGACCGAGGCGGAAGGCACACAAGGCUCAAAGGUCGACUAAAGAUGAACAUUAGCUUCGUGCUUCCUUCGGUUCUCAUGCUUGUACCAGAGGAUGUUAGGAGAAACGUUGCCAAUGCGGUUUUAAAUGGUUUGGUGGAUAAUAUGAAGCAUAAGGUUAUUGAGAGCUUGCUCGCUGAUUAUAAUAGGUUUAAGAAUGAAAGAAGAACACAUCAUUAGUUUUUAAUCUCAAGGCUAAAGCUUUAAUGGUUUGAAUGUAAUUUAUGCGUUCAUGUUUGGCGUAUACGUUUAUAUUAAAAAAAAAAACUUGUAUCAACUAGUAUAAAAUAUACACCACAAAAUUAGAAUUAUAAUAGUCAACUGUUAAAAAUAGGCCAAAACCGUUAAAUUUUUGGUUUAUUGACUAUAUCAUGUCAAUUUUAUGCCGUCGAACUGUUAGUUAUGGAGUCCUAUUUUUAUCAACUAUAAAAAAAUCAUACUAGGUCUAUGUUAUUAAUAACAUCUUAACUAAAGGAUAUUCUCAAUAUACUCAUAAAUAAGAAAUUUCUUCAGCAAUCAUAUAAAAACAAAAAUCAAACCCAUUACUUUUGAAAUCAUAACAAUAAAAUAUUCAGUUUUAACUAAUAAGAAUCCUAACGAAAUCCUAGCUAAACAAAUAUCACUCAAUAUCCCCCAUUUAAUAAUCUGAAACUAAACCCUAUCUAUACUAUAUAUGUACUAUCAAUCCCACAACUCUAACUGCACACUGCAACCGCUGCCAACAAAAAAAGAACUACACACUGCAACCACACAAGCUGAACAUUCCAUUUUUACGAUGGUGCGUCCUAAAGAUAUUAUAAAGAAAUUAAUUAAAUCAUAUAUAAACAUUUUAAGAACACAAAUUUUUAAAACCAAAAUUUACAAUGAUAACUAAUAAUUCAUCUAACACAAAUGUUUAACACUAAACUUUUUAAUAUGAUGUUACAAUAAAACAAUACGUUAACAUAAGCCCUGACAUAAAAACUGAGAACCGAACAAAAAAAUCAAAACCAAAACGAAUUUCAUAAAUAACUGAAUGGUGACUAUAUCUUUUGACAGAAAAACCAAAAUUUAAAAAUAUGAAACGGAGCUAAAUGGAAUACCAAACACCCAGAUCUAUAUGUUUGAUAUGACUAUUAUAAUUUAAUCUGAAUAUUUUUUUCACCAAAUAUAAAUGUAUAAAAAUAAAAUUUUAUAUAAAACAUUAAAUUUUUAUAAAACAUAUAUUUUCAUAAAUUAUUUUAUGUUCAAAAUGUUUUUUUAAUAAAAGUAUACCGCGCAGAUGCGGGUAAACUCUGGUUUGAAUAUUAAAUCUGUCAAUUGUAAUAUUUUGAGAGAAAAACAAUGUAAGAAAUCGUUAGGCGGUAGUUAUUUUUUUACGAAGAUUGUUGAUUAAGUGUAUGGUUAGACUUUUAUUUUAAUAUGUCAUCUAAACCAAUUUUUAGAACACUGUAAAAAACACACAAUUUUCUGUUAUUGACCUGAUUUAGCCGAAUGAAAGGAGACUCUGUUUUCAUAAUAGAGAACCGAAGAAAGAGUAUAGAGAGAAAGAGAUUUGUCUUCUUUUUUUUUUUUUCAACAAGAUUGUCUUCUUCGUAAUAAUGAGAAAAACGUGACUAAAGGAGUAAAUCAAAGAGGGCCCUAAGAAUUCAAAAUGUUGAUGAGGUGGAUAGUCUCGAUAUACCACGUCUACAUACAAGGCCGAAAGACACAUAUCCCCUUAUCUUUCAAACAUGUGGGAAAGAUCAAACAUCAUCCAAUCUUGAAAACCUAGAGAGAGACUACUAACAUGGCUGUCAGCUCAACAGUUUUGUCGUGUCCGACAAUGCUGGGAAGAAUCAGGUCUACAGCGGCGGAGAUGAGAACAUUACGGUCGGGAGCCAAGUGCCAGUUGUCAACUACAAAACCCUCCAAGUAUUCAUCUAAAUUCUCUACCGAUGUUCAAUUGCACGAGUCUCCUCAGGCGUUGUUCGAUGAGUAUUUGGAGGAUAAGUCGAGGGUUUUCAAAGCAAUGUUUCCUGAUAAACCCAAAAGCUAUAGGCUUAACGAGGAAGAAUGGAGAAUCCAUAUGUCACCUAUAAAUUUCCUCUUCCUCACUGCAAGGCCAGUGGUGGACAUGCGGAUUAGAUGCAAAUCCAACGGUCAAGAUUAACCGCCUGAUGUACCUCUAGACAUAACCAGAGUUCUUGAGCUUAACAUGAUGAAAUGGGAGCUUCAAGGGCUUGGCCAGGUCAUGGAACAGUCUGAUUUCACUCUGGGAGUUCAAGGAGCAUUGUACCCAGACCGAGGCGGAAGGCACACAAGGCUCAAAGGUCGAUUAGAGAUGAACAUAAGCUUCGUCCUUCCUCCGGUUCUUGCGUUUGUACCCGAAGAUGUUAAGAGAAGCGUAGCCAAUGCGAUUUUGACUGGUUUGGUGGAUAGCAUGAAGCAUAAGGUUAUUGAGAGCAUGCUCGCUGAUUAUAACAGGUUCAAGAAUGAAAGAAAAACACACAACUAGUUCUCAAUCUCAAGGCUUAAGCUCUAAUUGUUUCAAAUGUAAUUUACGCGUUUCUAAUAAAACAAAACAAUUUGCAUCA